GUGUGGACCUCGCGUGACGAAGAGCUGCGUUCCGCGUGCUCUAGCGAGGGUGUGUACGAAAACAACCCAGUGAGGAAAUAAAAUAAAAGGAAAAGUUGUGAAAUAUGAAUGAGUGUUUACAUUGGUAUCUCUGACGAAAGAAAUACAGCAAGUAUGGCAGAUUUUUUAAGAGUUUCCCGUGGGUUAAUAACUCGAGUAUGGUGUUGAGUGCCCUUUGAUCUCCUCUCCUUACCUGAGUCAGUGCCAAACAACGGACGUCAUCCCGCCACCUCACCUACCCUGACACAUCCGAGGGCGCGGGAAAGCCUAUAUCAGGGGCUCCCUACACCAUACCAAUACUCCCAUUCGUGUGACAUGUGCACAAUGGAUGAUUCCCCGGCGCCUGAGACGUGAGGAAAAUAAACCCGAGAUAUAAAUCGUGUUACUCGUCUGACUCCGGCCGGCAAGAACCUCGGCGGAUAAUUGGCACUCAUGGCGAGGAUUAGCCUGUGGUGGUGACCCGUGCCAACCCCCUCCUUCCUCCCCUCCCUCGUGUGUGUGUGUGUGUGUGUGUGUGUGUGUGUGUGUGUGUGUGAGGUAUGAGGGAAGGAGGUGCCGGCUGGGAGAGGUCCGCCGCCGGUUCCCAGUGCCGCCUCGGUGCCUCGGUGGUGCCAAUCAUGGUCUUCCUUCGUCCCCUCGUCAUCGUCACCUUCUACGCCCUCGCCAUGACCACCGUGAGCUCGCAGGAGGAGCAAGUGUGGUCCGUGACGGGCGUGGCGGGCCGCGCGAGUGACCUGCCCUGCUACCUCAACCCUCGCACGCCGGGGGACAGACCCAAGCUGAUCCUCUGGUACAAGAGGGGGAUCCGCACGCCGGUCUUCACGGCCGCGGAGGAGGCUCCGCUCCUGUCCGUCCCGUCCCUGUCCGUCCCGUCCCUGUCCGUCCCGUCCCUGUCCGUCCCGUUCCUGUCCGUCCCGUCCCUGUCCGUCCCGUCCCUGUCCGUCCCGUUCCUGUCCGUCCCGUUCCUGUCCGUCCCGUCCCUGCCCGUCCCGUCCCUGUCCGUCCCGUUCCUGUCCGUCCCGUCCCUGCCCGUCCCGUCCCUGUCCGUCCCGUCCCUGUCCGUCCCGUUCCUGUCCGUCCUGUUCCUGUCCGUCCCGUUCCUGUCCGUCCCGUUCCUGUCUGUCCCGUCCGUGUCCGUCCCGUCCCUGUCCGUCCGUCUGUCUGUCCCGUCCCUGUCCGUCCCGUCCCUGUCCGUCCCGUCCCUGUCCGUCCGUCUGUCUGUCCCGUCCCUGUCCGUCCCGUCCCUGUCCGUCCCAUUCCUGUCCGUCCCGUCCCUGCCCGUCCCGUCCCUGUCCGUCCCGUCCCUGUCCGUCCCGUCCCUGUCCGUCCCGUUCCUGUCCGUCCCGUUCCUGUCCGUCCCGUCCCUGCCCGUCCCGCCCCUGUCCGUCCCGUUCCUGUCUGUCCCGUCCGUGUCCAUCCCGUCCCUGUCCGUCCAUACGAUGAUGGUCAGCCACCAGCAGCCUGUCUGGGGGACAAGGCGGGCGGGGGGGUCCAGGAGGUUAGCACCACCGCCGCCGCACGCCCUCACUAGCGUGUGGCCGGGACUACUGGCGGCGUGUGCAGUGCAGGUUGACUUCUUCAGGUCCCCGUCACACAAUAGCCUCGUCAACCUGACCAUCAUAGAGCCGCCGCGGAGCGUGGAGGUGCAUGACAGCCAGACGGGGCGGGCGGAGCAGGGUCUGGUGGGGCCCUACCACGAGGGGCAGAAGGUUAUUCUCUCCUGUAUAGCCAAGCGAGGCUCGCCUCUGCCGAACGUGACGUGGUGGCGAGAGGACCGGCUGCUGGACGCGACCUGGGAGGUGGCGGACGACGGGCGGCCGGUGGUCAACAACACGUUGGUGGUGGAGCGGCUGACGCGGGAGUGGCACAACGCGACCCUCACCUGCGCCGCCUCCAACACGCACCUCGCCGACCCGCUCACCACCUCCGUCGUCGUGAGAAUGUUGUUGUUGCCCACCAGCGUCGUGAUCCGCGGGUCGGGCCCAACGCGGGAGGGCGGGACGGCGGAGCUCAUAUGCACCUCCAGGGGCUCGCGGCCGCCUGCCAACCUAACCUGGGCGUUCGAGGGCAAGACCUUACACGCCGUGAAGCAGGACAGCGGCUACGUGGGCAACGGCAUGAGCACCUCGCGUCUGCUGGUCAACGUGACGCGAGAGCACCACGGCUCGACGGUGGCGUGCGUGGCCACCAACCCCACGCGACCAGACGCCCCGAUCACCAAUUCCACCACCCUCACCGUCCACUACGCCCCACAAGUCAACGCCACCAUGGGCCAGAGCUUCGACCCUUCACUGCUCAGGGAGGGCGUGGACGUGUACUUCGACUGUCUAGUGUCCGCCAACCCGCCAGCCACCCCGAUCACCUGGUAUCAUGAGGGCAAGGUGCUGGUGCAGAAUAGGACGGGCGGCGUGAUCCUGGCGGGGAACUCGCUGGCGCUGCAGGGCGUGAGGCGGAGUCAGGCGGGGCGGUACACGUGCUCCGCCACCAACCAGCUGGGCCACGCCACCAGCGACCCCGUCACGCUCAGGAUCAAGUACUCCCCAGAAUGCCUGUCAAGACCCACCGCCUACUUCAUCUACGACAAACCCAUCAACGUGACGUGUACGGUUUCCUCCUACCCGGCCGUCAACGUCAUCCUUUGGCAAUGGAACAACAGCAACGAGGUGAUCGAGACGCAGUCAGUGGUGGUGGACCAGGACAGAGCCUCGGCCCAGCUCACGGUCCGGCCGCUUCAGAGUCACGAGGACCGCAAGUUGUCGUGCUGGGCCGUCAACGAGAUGGGAAAGCAAUCUCAGCCCUGUGAUUUCGCCGUCAAGGUUGCUAAGACGCCGCUGCCGCUGUCCUCGUGUCGCCUGGCUAACAUCACUGCCUCGUCCCUCAGCCUAACCUGCCAGCGACCAGACCUCAACGCCGCCGACACCACGCUGUACAGGGCUGAGGUCUACUUCCAGAACAUGACGCUCUUCGCCAACGUCACGUCUCACCGCCCUAACUUCAACGUGAGCAGCCUGGACGCGGGGACCAGCUACCAGAUCAAGGUGUACGUUACCCACGGCCCCGUCACCUCCCAGCCCGUCGUGGUGUCCGCCUACACGUCCCGCACCUCCAGGACGCCGCAGGGUGACGCGGGCGGCGGGCAGGGCGGUGGCUCGGUGGGCGGGGUGGUGGGCGGUGUGGUGGUGACCCUGGUGCUGCUAGCGGGCGUGGUGGCGGCGCGGAACUACUGCAAGAGGAAGCGAAGCCGAAGGAAGCAGGAACAACGACCCCCAUCAGACGACAGCAACCCAGACGUGGUCCCAAAUAUCGAAGAGACGUACGACCUUCUGUCCGCCGCCGAGAGGAAGGUGGACGUGGUGCUGUACGAGGCGGUGGACAGCUCAGUGCCCGAGGACCUGCCCGCGCACUCCAUGGGCCAGGGGUCGGAGGCGUACCGGCCACUCGUGAGGACCCACUCGCCCCAGGAAGUGGACGAGUACCAAGGCGGCGUGCGAGGGGACGUCUACUGCCCCGUGGACCAGAUGAUGCAAGCUGAGGAGAGUGUUGUAUGAGCGGCGGCCGAGAGGGUGAAGCGAAGGAGGUGAACUGUGGACAGCGAGAAAAAGGAAUGUGAUUAAGGAGAGAGCAUUCGAAAGGAAUGAAUCUGAUAAAAUACAGUUCUAAAAAGGAUAUAAAGGAAAGGAAGAGGAGGAAGAUAUGAUGUAUGAAAGACGGUCAAGAGAGGGUGAGGCGGAGGAAGUGAACAUUGCAUACAGGGAUCAGGACAACGAGAAAAGGGAAGAUGGUUAUGAUGGCCGGAGAGCGGCCGAAAGGGAUAUGAGUAAGAUUAAGUAUUAAAAAGAAGGCAAAUGAAUGAAGGAGGAAGAAAUGGGUGCUAUGAGCGACUGUCAAGAGAAUGUAGUGGAGGAGGUAAACUAUUUUAUAAAGGAAGGACAACUAGUAAAAGGAUGAUGAUUAAGAAAGAAUGAAUAAAAGCCUUCCCCUGACAUCUAAUACCCUGCAAAAGAUACAACAAUGAGGUAAAACUACAUAACUUAAAACUAACUUUAUAUGAACUAACCACAUAUUAAACUGACUAAAUAAACAAUUAAAUAUAUAGGUAAAAAGGUAAAGUUGGGGGCAUACGCUGUAGCAACGCGUGGCCUCGGUGCUCAUCUCCGUAACAUUGGCCCUUGAGCCUGUGGUGGGAGGGAGGCCAUUACCCCGGGACACAGGGGCAGUGUGACAACCGGAUUACCACAGUUUACCUUCCCCAGGUUUCCCCAGGUAUCCAUUUAUCGACCAGCCCGAGAGGGAGGAUGAACAGCUGGGUGAGAUGCAGGCCGACUGCCCGGGCCGGGAUUCGAACCCGAGCCCGCAGAGUAGAAGCCAGGCACACUGACCACUAGACCACGGAGGCGUAUACCUGAAAAUAUAAAUUGGUAUCAAAUAUUCGUAACCCUUCAACUAAAAAGAAAUGAGAAGAGAGAAAAACAUCACCAGAAUCUCGUAUCUCGAUCAUUUUUCAAUCUAACAGUAACAAAAAGGAAGUAUGGCCGAGUACUUAAAAUAUUUCCGUAAGUAGCAAAGGUGAAAGAGGAAAAACAUUACCAAAAUCUUCCUUUCUCUCCCUUAUUUUCAGCCUAACAAUAACAAAAGGAAGCUGGCAAAGGUUAAAGAAAAGAACGUUACCAAAACCUUCCAUUCUCGACCAUUUUUCAGCCAAAAAGGAAGUUGGUAUGGCCGAGUACUUAAAACAUUUUCGUCAGUGGCAAAGGUGAAGGAGAAAGAACAUCCACAAAACUCCCUUUAAGUAACUUCCAGCCGUACAGUGACAAAAGACAAAGAUGAAACAGGAAUAACAUCACCAAAACCUCCCUUCAUGCCUUUUUUUCAACCCAACAGUAACCAAACGGAAACUGGCAAAGGCUGAGGAGAAAGAACAUCACAGAACCCUCCUUUCUCUCCCAUUUCCAACCUAACAGUAACCAAAAGGAGAAGGUAAGGCUGAGUACUUAAAACAUUUCCGUCAGUGGCGAAGAGGCAGAAGUAACGCCUCGGUUCAUGCCUUGUUUGCGGGCCAUUGUACAUUAUUGCAUCGAGUGGCUGCUGGUGGCUGUUGUAGGCAUGUGUCAGACGCGCCCCAAAUCCCCACGUUGCCCGGAGAUACUCGUAGUUUUCAUGACAAGGCCUUAACUUAAACUGGCUCGACGCAACGCAACAUUACCAGCCAGCCAGUGAGCACGACCUCCGCCGCUCGUCUGUCCGGUGCUAAACGCAAACAGUCGUGCCAUUCAUUCCUGUAACGUGUGUCCCUGACGAGGCGGGCUACGAGGGUGCUGGGGGUCUCGGCUGCCUGGUGAAGGGCCUCAGGGCAUGCGUGGCUGUACUGAGCGGCGGGAACCAAGCGGAGAGGAAGGGAUAGAAUGCUUGGUAAGGGGUAUGUGAGGUCUGCCCAAGGUUAUGUUUUCCGGGGUUCCUCAAGGUGGCUAUCCCUUCACUCUCCGAAGCUCAUAUCAGGCCAAGAAGAGGUUUAUGUAUAUAUAUAAGGUGUCUGUUGCUUGGAGUAUAUAUAUACAUGUACACAUAUGCCUAUAUAUAUACAUGCUUGCGUUGAUGUAUGUAUAUACCAUAUGUAUAUUGAUGAUAUAUUGUUAUGACGGAAUUAUAUAUAUAAAUGUUUCCACUAUGUUUCUGUGCGUAUGUGUGUGUGUGUGUGUGUGUGUGUGUGUGUGUGUGUGUGUGUGUGUGUGUGUGUGUGUGUGUGUGUGUGUGUG